CAUGUGGCAUGUGCGCGUUUUCCUGCUCAGCUCGCUGUUGUUGGUUUUCUCUUCUCCCGACGCUGGAUUCCUGUUUAGUGGUUAAAGAAAAAUUCCUGUUUUCCGGUGAAAUUUGCUAAACAAACACAUGCAUUCUCUCUUGCUUCAGACGUGCCAUGUAAAUCUGUUAAAUGAAGAGAGAUGCAGGCACGACAUGUUUAAGAUAUUUAUCUUUUUUUUUUAUUUUUCAUCAUAAAUCGGGAAUUGUCUUGAAUCAGAAAAGCUACUGUAGGAAGAUGAUUCCUGGGGCUUAACUGAACCCCCAUUAGGUGUCUGCUUCCUUUCUCUGAACAAACAACAAUCUUCAAAGAAAGCAAAGAUAAUCUGUUACCCAUGAUGCAACCUUUGCCCGUAGGGUAUGUACAGGUCUCCAGGAUGCUCUCUCCCUCCCUGCCUCUCUGUGCUGGUGCUACAUUACGAAGGACCAGCAUGGAGGCAGGAGCCCUAAAGCUGAAUGUUAACAACCAUUAACCGGUUUCCUGUAGGAGUUAUUCCUGCUUGUCUGCAGCGACUUCAGACUACUUGAUAUUUCUACGCUGACCUCAGUUUACCACAGUCCUAGAUGGACGUAUCUUGGUCAUUGCAGCAGUCGGCCGGCUGCUUUUUUUUUUUUUUUUUUUAAACUGACUGUUCUCAAAAUUGUUAACGAUAUUUGGGGAAUGAACUGCUAAGGGUUUGUUGAAGUUCUAUCCCACUCUCGUGUCUGUAUGCGCAGCAGGAGUCAGAAGCUGCUUAGCGUCUGGACUACACCUCGGUUUUUGCACUGAUGAAAAAAAAUAACACGCAAAGCAUUAGUGGGUGAGCUGUGGAAGUGUGGGUCGGCGGACAGAUGUCAAACUGUUUUAGUUUAAAUGUUUAAGUGCUGAUUCUCUGGUCCUCGUAUGCACGAGCUGAUGCUAUGAUUUGCAAAAAGUUGAACCAAAGACAGAUAUUCCCUUCUUAAAUGGUCAUAAUAAAAAGCAAAAAGCAGUUAGAAGAAAAGCAAAGACAUGUUUGACGUCUGUAUCCUCAAAGAUUUAAGGCAGGAAUUGAAACCGCACGUCCAAAAAUUCUGCUUUUUCCAGACCGGACGUCCUGUAGAUGAGCUUAAAACACAAAUGGUAACGGCCAAACUCAUCUCGCCUGCUCUGGCUCUCUGGUGUGAACAUGAGCCCGCCUUAUUCUGCCUCUCAGAAGGGACAGACAAUCUCACCGCCGCAUUCUUCUGUGUCUAUGGGGCAGUUCCUGGUUGCUACAUGGGACUCAUAUAUUUCCUGUUAAUUUUUUUUUUGUCCUCUAACGUUUUUUUUUUGUUUAGUUUGUUUUUCCCCUUCCUGUUUUUUUCUGUUUUCAUUCUCCUCCCGUUGAUUGAUCCACCAUGCAAGUAAAUUAUCUUGUUUAUUUUUAGCAGCCGGUUUACUCACAGUAAAUCUCCUGCGUUUCAGAGUAGACUAAAACUCUUAUGGGACUCGACAGAUUAAUAUAAAGUGUGGUUUCCCGUUGAAAACAAGUUCUCUUCAAAUCAGACUUGUAUGGAUUUUCAUCUGAGGGCCAAAUAAAAAUUAAAAUCACACUUUAUCCGCUUCUGUAUAUGUGAGACGAUGAUAACAGGGACACAGGACUCCUGUUUCCUCCUCAUUCUCUGCUUCAUUAGCGACCCUGACUAUACAGUAUAUAUGCAUUGUUUUAUAAAGAUGAAAAAAAAGUCUGUACAGGGAAUUUUCAGUAUACAUUUCUGUUCUCUCUUAGAUAUUCCUAUUAACAGAAGAUGUAAGAAAGUCCGUGCAUGAUGAUGAUUCCUCCCCUACGCAGUGUUUUCCUUCAAUCUGUAAAUUAUUCUGCCGCCCGUUUUUGUUUGUUUGCUUCUGGCAAAUAUCUGAGGUUUGUUUUUAUGCCUUAUGUUUGGAGUUUAUGCUUAAAAAUAUUUAAAAUGUAGUUUUAAUUAGUUGGCAGGAGAAAAGCAUCGACUGCCACCCAACCCUCUAAGAUAGCUACACCGCUUCGAAUAAGAUUGUAAUAAUAAUAUUAAUGGUGAUGAUGAUAAUAAUAAUGGUCAUUUUUUUGUAAAUGAUAUUUUUAAAGUUAUUUUUGUAUACACGGUUGUUUGUUGCGUCUCAAGUCCACCGCUCUCCGGCCCAAGUCCCACUUUUUUUCUCACUUUCUCCACCUUUUUUUCCUUCUUUUACACUUUUUGGAUUUUUUUUUCAGCUCUUUAAUGCAGAAUUUGAAUCAGAAAUGAAUCUCCUGUUCUGGUUGAGGAGCAUCUUUCUUUUUUCCGCUUCGCCCGCCUUCCUCCACCUUGCCGUUUUCUCUCUUUCAUCCCGUCCCACAAACCCUCUCUGCUUUCCUUUUUCAACACGCCUAUCAGUUCCAACAGUUCCAUCCCUCACUCGGCACUGGGUCAGAUGAACUAAAUACGCUGAAUUACACUGUUAAAGGGACACACUGAGAAAACCAAAACCAGACUUUGAAAUGAUUUUCCAACGCCACAUUUUUUUUCUUCUUUCCGUUUACCUCCCACCUGCCCCUCUACCUACCUGGCCCCUUCACGUGCACGCUAGCCUCGAUCUCUGAGAAACAGCCCACCUGUGCCUUUUAAGUGAGAGCCCGCCUCCUCCUCCUCCUCCUCCUCGCUCCCCCCAACUCCACUCCCCUCAGUACACACACACACACGCCUCGUGCCCUUCCUUACACACAUAAACAUAAACACACAAAUGUUUGUAUGUUGCAGAGAUCAAUCAGUAAAGAUGAACAUUAAGAAAAAACAUGCCUCUUUGUUUUUUAUAUGAAUUUUAAAAAAAGUCUGUGGAUGUGUGCAGACCGCUUUUACUCACAAUAUAGAUCAGCUAAUAACUGGCUAAGCACAUUGACUUGUCUCUGAAGCCACAAGGAAUGAAGUCAUUUUAGUCCGUCUUUACGUGCUGAUAGCUACGUGCGUAUAAUCUGAUGUCAAUCAUUGUGCGUGCGUCCCAUUUGCAGCCACACGACACACACGUGAAGGCACAGCAGGUGGGAAGGCGUGAUGCAAUUAUUAAUGUUUUGCUUUGGAUAGAAAGGUUAUCAUUUCAGAUCAAUUUGAGGUUUUAUUACAAUACUCAGUGUGUGUGUAAUGGAGGGGGGGGGGUGCUCGUUAAUGGUCGUUAAUUACAAAAAACACCUGCUGCAGAUCUACAAACCUCCCUUCCAGUUAUGUUUGAAUUAAAGUAUAGAUAUUGACUAUUUAUUUGCAGUGAGUGAAUGUACACGGAAAUCCCUUUUAUUGAUGUUUGGCUCUAAUGGAAAGACAUGUCACUUGGGACUUUGGUGAAAGCGUCAAACAAAAGAAAUAUAAAAAAUACAUAUUCCAUCGGAUAUAUGACUUUAUAACAAAGAUAUGAAUUAUUCAAAUUACACUUCACACCCAUUGUGGUCAAUAAGAGUAAACGUAUUUUGUGUUACGAGGAGGGAAACCAGUACUUCUGUUCCACAAGCCUCACCACUCCCACUGAUGAAUUAAGCCAGGUUGCUAUUUUAACUGGGUCACCUCAGUUUUCCCCAUGGAGCAGUUCAACAUAUUAUGUAAUGACUUAUAAAUAUAGCCAAUGAGUGUUGAGUGUAAUUCUGAGCCGUAGCGGGAGGCUGCACUGCUAUCAAAAGGAACUGAAAAGCGUAGUCCUAAAAAGCCUAGAAAAUAUAAUAUAUAUUUUUAGGUGUAUGAGUCAUAUAUGCUGCAACUAUAUGAUGCACAAAAUAACUUCUUGCUGUUCUUCCAGAUGGUUACUAUUCACACAGGCCGCACAAUAGCAUCCUACAAUAAUCUUGUCUCGGUGUUUAUGACUAGUUGUAACUUCACAACCGGCUGCUUGCAUACCGCUCAUCAUCACCUUUAGUAUUCACGUCGUCGGGUGUCACUCACUGACUGGCCUUGUGGUGACCGUUUCGGUCUGAGUGAAGGAAAAUGUUUUCUUGUCAAUAAAUUAGAGCUCCGUAGGAUCCAUAGUGAUGUGUAAUGAAUGAUGUGUUCAAUGGUUUGAGAGUGACAAUCUUAAAAUGAAGGACCCAUUUAUCCAUUUGAUGGAAAUAUUACAAUAAACCCGUGUACUUUUUAUCUAGGGUUGUGUUCCUCACGAUUAUUUUCAUUUACCUUACUUGAAGUCUCAAAAUACCAUAAAUCCUACCUAUUUAUUUUUUUCUCUCUAUGCCUGUCAUUCAACCCCGCCUCUUUUCCUAACUGCCUGUCAAUCAAAUUAAGCCCUGCCCCUUCACUGCCUCCUUGCUCGUCGCGCUAAAAAAAAAAAAAAAAAAACAGCAGCGGCGGCCGUAGGGGGAAGCGAGUAAACAGAGAGAAGCCUCAAGAUGGCUGACUCGCUGGGCUCCGCUCACCCCGACGGACAUGCUACCGCGGGAGCCCCCGCGGUCGCCCCCGCGACCAAAAGCCCGCAGGUCAAGCCGAACGAGGCGAAAGGAGCCCCCGACAACCGCUCGCAGGUUUCCCGCGAAUUCCACGCACCGCCGCCCAAGAAGGUCCGAGUCGAGGAGAGGAGCGUCAAGCCCAAGAAACUGCGCAGGGAAGGCGCAGUGGGAGGCGACGGUAGCGGCGCGGAGAGACUCCAGCAGCCGGGGAAGCAGCGGAGUUACGCCUGGAGCUUCGGCCCGGUCACGGCGAGCGGCGGCGGCGGAAGCGGGCCUCCGGUGCCCGCCACCGGGGGAUCCCAACAGCCGACGAAUAAAGUCUUAAAACGGAGCGAUUUCUUCCUCCACAAGGCGCCUUCCUCCUCCUCCUCCUCCUCCAAACCCCGGCAGCAGACGGGCAAAGACAAACCGCGGGAAAAGGGCAAAGGAGGCGGGGAGGAGAAGAAGAAACAUAAAGUGCUGGUGACCUCCGCGCCGGGGAGGAAUGUUCGCAACAACAACAACCAAAACGACAUCGGCAGGAUUAACAACACUUCUGCCGGGAAGAGAGAGAACGGGGACAAGGUGUUGCCACCCAAAGAGCACUGCGACAGGGAGAAGGUCCAAGGCGGGGAGAAAGACAAGGAGAAGAAGCACAAGACGAUAAACGACAUCAAAAGGGAGAACGGAGAAGUCAAGCCGCAGAUUAAAGAUGCGAAGGAGAAAGCGAAGAUCAACUCCGAGGAGCUGCAAAUCAAAAAAGUGAAGAAGAAAAAGAAGAAGAAGCACAAAGAGGGGGAGAAGCACAAACGGGUGAAGAUGUACCACCGCUCCAGCCAGACCGUUUGUGCCGGCCUGCUUCUCCUCCCUCCGUCCUCGCCACCUCCCUCCUCUGAUGCCUCUCACGACCCCUCUCUGUCUCCCUUCAAGUCGCCUUUACCGGUUUACCCUCCGCCCAACAACAGAACCGCACCUCUCUUCCCUUCCUCCCCUCCUCUCGCCCCCAAAGCCCUCCUCAACUCCCCGCCCGUCGACGCCCCCGACUUCCCGCACCCUCCCUGCGCCAAGCACCGGGCGCGGUGCGCCGGGCCCGGCGUGGCGGGCCUGGAGUUUGCCCCGUACAUCCACAUCGAGAAGCAGCCCAACGGAGGCGCCCUGGUGGCCCACGCCUACACGUCCCAGCUCGCCUCGCUCUCCGCCAGCCAGAGGCAGAGGUUCGCCCAGGAGUUUGUCACGCUGGCAUUCAGCGAGGACUCAUCCCAGGCCGCUCAUUACGUCAUGGGCAUCGUCCACGGGGAAGCCGGAUACUUGCCGGACUUCUUGGACUACUUCUCGACCAAGUUCCCCUCGGCUCCGGUCAAAAUGGAGAUCCUGGCCAAGAAGGACAUAGAAACCACCACCAUGGCUAAUUUCUACUCUCAGGUGAAGAGGACGUACAGCAACGGGACAUACAGAGCCGGGGCCAUGAGGCAGAUCAGCCUGGUGGGAGCCGUGGACGAGGAGGUCGGAGAUUAUUUCCCAGAAUUCCUCGGCAUGCUGGAAGAGUCGCCCUUCCUGAAGCGGACUCUUCCGUGGGGAACCUUCUCCAGUCUGAGGCAGAUGUGUCCCACGGAGAGCGACGACGGGCCCAUCUUGUGGGUUCGACCAGGAGAGCAGAUGAUACCUGUGGCCGAUAUACCAAAGUCCCCUUUUAAGAGAAGACGCUCCACCAACGAGGUGAAGAACCUGCUGCAGUCGCUGCCGCGGGCCAACGAGCCCAGGGAGAUGCUGUUUGAGGACCGGACUCGGGCCCAUGCCGAUCACAUCGGUCAGGGCUUCGAGCGGCAGACCACGGCGGCGGUGGGGGUGCUGAAGGCCGUGUGGGCCGGUGAAAGCUCGGCCCCUCGCGUGACCAAAGACGUUGUGUGUUUCCAUGCCGGAGAUUUCCCUCACGUGGUCCAAAGGCUGCAGUUGGACCUUUACGAACCUCCGCUCUCUCAGUGCGUGCAGUGGGUGGAUGACGCCAAACUGAACCAGAUGCGUCGCGAGGGCAUCCACUACGCCCGCAUCCGCCUGUGCCACAACGACAUCUAUUUCAUCCCUCGCAACGUGGUCCACCAGUUCAAGACCGUGUCGUCUGUCUGCAGCCUGGCGUGGCACGUCCGCUUAAGACAAUACCACGGUGGAGGGGGGGAGCAGCAGCAGCAGGAGGAGGGGGUGAAGGAGGAGGAGGAUGAGGAGGAGGAUGAGGAGGAGGAUGAGGAGGAGGAUGAGGAGGAGGAGCAGCAGCAGCAGUUUGAGCUGAAGGCGGAGAGAAAACCCGAGGAGAGGAGAAAGGGGAAGAGCGAAAAGGAAGUCAAGGAGCGGAGGAGGAGUGAGGAGGUUGGCGUGGCAGAAAACAGGACGUUGCCGGCUGUGAAAAAGGAGGAGCGCGGUCAUCAUCCACCUUUCUCCUCUCCGCCCGCUCUCCCAGUGGACUCGACUACUAAGGGCGGCGCGAGAGACAAAGGGGGGGAGAGGGAGUGGUUAAAAGAAGGAGGAAAACUCAAACGGCAGGGUUCACCUCUGGCAAAGGUGAAAGCAGAACUGCCAUCGCCUCCGCUCUGCAAGGAUGAACUGCCUUCAUCCUUCCCUCCUCCUCCUCCUCCUCACAACCCAAAGCCCAAAGUGGCAUCAUCAAAGCACCUCCAACAUCACCACCAUCCGGGCGGUAGAGGGAUGUCCUCCAGUGCACGGUGCUCCUCUUCGGCUCCUAAAUGGCCCCUCUGCAAGUCUUCCUCGUCGCCGUCAGCCGCCGUCGCUCCUCCGUGCUCCACCUCGGCUGAUCCCUCCUCCGCCUCUCCUUCGCCUUCCGCCGCCCCCCCCUCGAGCGAUCCCAAGCGUCCGGCAGACUCUCGCUUCUCCACGCCGCAUCCCUCCACCGCAAGAGACUCGCCCGGCGAGAACCCGGGUGUCCGAGGGCACGCCUUCACGAGCCCGAGGGCCAACGCCGCCGCCGCGGCACAGACGCCGGCCGACUUAUGGAGGCAAGCGCUUCAGGAGCGGUGGGGCCGCGGCGCGGACUCGCACCCGCCGCCCGACGCCGCCAGGCAAGGGGGCUACAUGCAGCAGUAUGCGCCCCAACACAUCCCGCCCCCGUGCCUCCCUCACCUGCUCCCGCCCUCCUUCUCGCCUCUCCUGCCGCACUCCCACCUUCCCCACGGCACGCCGCGUGGUCCCGCACCGCCGGCCCGACCUCUGAACUCGUACGGCGGCGCGCAGACUCGGCCGUACUACCAGGCGAGCGCGCCCCUCCCCGGCGCCCCGGCCCUCCCUCCCCACCUACCGCCGCACCACCGGUUUGUCCCGCACGCCAACACCUUCUUCCCCCCUCAGCAUCCCCACCUGGCCCCUCCGUCGCCUCACCACUUCCUCCCCCCUCAGUCUUUCCUCCCGCAGCCCCCCGGUCCUUACCCGCCGCAACCGCAGUAUCAGCCCGAGCCUUUCCCUUACCCGCCGCUUCCUCCUUCCUCCUCACCACCUCCCCUUCCGCCCCCUCUCCCCCCUCAGCCUUCCCCUCCCGUCCCACCGUGUCCCUUGAACCACGAGGAAGAGCAGGAUCAGAUUUUUUAGAUGUUUUUUUUGUACGUAUUGAUGCUGUUUUCAAAUGACUGUACAUGUAGAAGGUUUUAUUUUGGUCAUGAUGUUGUACAAUUAUGUAAAAAGGACGUAACCACCGUUGUUUUUAGAGCAGAGUUGGACUUCAUUCACCUCAGACCUCUUGACUGGACUGAUUUUAUAUUGAACUGAACGCUUUAUGGGUCAGAAAUAUUGGCAGCCAUUGCUUUAAUUGGCAGUUUUUAAUUUUCAGACGUGUAUGGUUACACCCGUGUGACCUUGAAAAAGAUGAUGUUCAAUGAGCCUCCUGCUCCGCCAAACCUGUCUGGUUCAACUUUUUGAAGUGGGUUUUCAGAGGUAGAAAGGAACAAAGUAAUUAUUUUAUCAGAUAUUUAUAUAGAAAAGGGUCGUGAUGAGAACUUUUCUGUGAAACUUGCAGCUAACGCUUUGAUUUUUGUGGCUUUUUUUUUUCUUCUAGCGUAUACUUUGUGCCCGAGAAUUUGUGGUGAGAUUGUGAUAUUAUACAACACAAUUUUGAAUUUAUGUAAUAUUACUACAUUUCCUCUACUGUACAUUCUGGAUACACCUUCAACAAUACAGUAUAUCGCAGUAUGUUUCCGUGAUAUUGUAUUUUGAGCAAUAAUGCUCCCGCAAUAAUCUGCUGAAUAUAAAUACAAAUGCAUUUCCCCAUAUCAGUAUUUUUAUUAUAAUUGCAAAGCUAUUGAUAAAAAGCCAGUAGUGUCCUAAUGAACCAUGCUUUUUUAAAUUUAUUUUUUAUAAUCACUCCCAAUGUUUUAUUGCCCCCUACUCAUUUAAUGAGAUAUACUCUCAUGAUUGUAUGGUGAGUUUAAAUUCAGAGUCUCAGGGAAAAAAUCACUUUCAGGACACAUCCACGAAUAUAUUGGUCUCCUGGAAACCAUCCUGAAUCUUUGUUACCUUAUGAGGUUAAUGUUCAGGGUAAAAUAUUGCAAUAUCUGCAGCAUUAAGUUAUUACGCAUAUGCAGCUAACUCAGCGUAGCUCCCUGAAAAAAAAGAAAACCCUGGAUAUAUUUAAACAGCUGUUUAAAUGCAGUUCAUAUCAUUGAAGAUGAUAAUUAUGUCAGAUGAUCAACGUGGCGAUUGUCCUAAGACUAUUAUGUUAAUCAGUCAGGCCCCCGCCCUCUAUGACGAACGGCUACGUACACAGAAGGUACACGUCGAGAAUCCCCCCCCCCAAAGCACUAUUUAUCUAUUUAAUUGAUUCCCCGUUUCUGUCUGUUUAUUACAUUGUAUUUAUCAGCCAGGGACUGGAGUGACCUCCUUUUUAAAAGGUAGAAUAAAUUAUUGAAAUUCCACUUCAGCGACAACUAUGAAAAUGUUCUUCAGAGUGGUGAAUGUGUGGUUUGUCAAAUCUGUCUCACUUUGAUGUUGACGGUUUUGAUUUUUACGAUCAGCGUUUUUGAGUAAAGCCCGCCUGCGGAUGUAGCCCACAACAUUCUUCCCAGUGCCUGUCCUUAACUGUGAACUACUAAGUGGUCCCAUGACAUCCGUCAAGGGGAGCUUUAGGAGUCCCAAAGUCAAUGUUUUCUGUAGAAAAUUAAAGCAAAGCCUUAAUUUGGUUUUUAAAGCUGCUGGAAACUCUCCACAUAGACGUAAGUCGGGUGAGUUCAAACCCAUGUCCCGGCCUCUCGGAGGGUGAGGAUGCUUUCCAGUUUCAGAUGUUUCAAAAACAAAGAACCUGAACCAGAACAGCUCAACUUCUUUACUUUUUGUACAAAUGUAGAAAAAUGAUGGUUGAAAACCAGUUUUCACGGGACGGCAUUGUUUUCAGAGUUUUUAUUUAAUUUAUUUACCAUUUUUAUUUCAUUUCUGUGAUUUUUGAACUGUCAGCACUGGAGUGUACAUACAAUGUUUUGUAUUUUGUGAGAAAUACUUGUGUGGUUUCUACUUUCAAUACGAGCCUAGCUAAUAAAAGGUUCAACGUAUGGAAAAGGUUGUGGUG